UUGAAAAAACAAUAAAUCUUUAGGCCUUGUACUUUCACAUUCUCAAUUGCGAGAAUCUAAUGCAGAGAUUGUCGAGAAGAAGAGGGUUGAAAAAUUCAAAGAUAAACGUUAUUAGCAUCCUCUUGAUAAGGAACUAUUACAAACAAGUUUGUGAAUGAACGUUAAUGCAAAAGAAAAUGCUUUUAUCCGUUCAUUAUAAAUUUUCAAUGGAAAACUUUAAAUGAGGUCGUUUAAAAAAAAAAGAAUAUAAUGAUAAGAACUAAAGGUGCGAAUGACCUGGUAGAAGAAAUGAUAAUAUGAAAUCGAUAAGAUGAAUUUUGUUCAGAAGAAAAUAAUUAAUAAGUAAAGACAUUUUUCGAAUUUUAAAACAGAACAAAUAAUGUUUUUUCCUUCUGAAUUUUUUUUUCGAGUGUCAUCGAAUUGCGUCAAUAUCGAUUUACGUCAGAAACGAUUAGUAUCGCUUGAUGAUUAUCAAUCGAUCGGAUAAGUUUCUAUUGAAUUUUUUAAUUUAGAAAAUGAAGAAUUACUAUAAAAGUAAUAUAAAUUGCGAAGGAUGCGAAAAAAAGAGAAAAACAUUUACUAGAACAAAAUGUGAACCCUUUUAUUUCAAGGUCGAUCGGAAAUCGAUUUUCUUUUUUGUUUGAACUUCGCACUAUGAAUGCUUUUCUCGAGGACUUUCUCCCCUCUUCUUUUCAUCGAACGCGUUAAUUUCUCAUAUAUAUUGCGUUACGUUGAUCUGUUUCUCGGAUAGCGUCAGAACGAUAACAGCUAAAAUAAGAGAGAGAGGGAGAGAGAAAGAGAGAAAGAGAGAGAGAGAGAGAGAGAGAGAGAGAGAGAGAGAGAAAAGAGUGGGUGAAUGAGAAGGGGGUGGGGAAAAGGAACGAGCCAUCGUUUAUGUAUUUAUCGAGAUAUCUGCAGACAGCGUAAGAUAUAAAGGGCACCUAGAAUACGACGUAGCCAGUUGUUAUAAUCAAUUUAUAUUCGUUAACAUCGAUUUUGAAAAGGGAAAGUAAUAUUUGAAAAUUUGGAAAAAUGCGAAUUUGGGUUUUGGUAACUACUCUUUUGAUAGUCAGUAUACUGACUACAGAAGUAUUUGGAAAGGAGUCAAAGUCUGAGACGGAUGAAAUUACAAAUGGAGGUCAUGAUUUAGACAAAAAUAAAAAAGAAACAAUUAAAUCCGAGUCGAAGGUAGAAACUUCGGGAAAGGAUGAAAAGCACUUGCGGGAACAAAAUAAAUCGAAAAAAAAGAAAAACAGUUCAUCUCCUUCGAUCGAGGUAAAUCCUGAAAUAAGUAAUUCGGUUGGAUCAAAGGGAUCGAAAAAGUCACGGAAAUCUCGAAAGUUGAAUCAAACGGCUAAGCAUAAUAAAAGGCAAAGGAAACAAGGAGAAGAAUUAGAAAGCCGAAAUUCAAAUGGCCAGAAAGUGCGACACGAGAAGGAAAAGUACAAGAAUAAAGGUAUUAAUGGGCAAGCAAAUAAUAAUAAAAAGCAUAAUAAAAGGCAAAAGAAGGAUUUAAAACAUGUUAAUGAGAUCAAGGAGAACUUAGUCUCAAAUAAUAAGAAAUUAGAUCAUUCGGAUUUCGAUGUUGUUAUUGAAAAUAAUAGACUUCGUAAAAAACACAAGUCUAAGAAUGUUGUUGAAGAAAUCGAUUUGACGAUCGACAAUAAAUCAAAUUCAGAUCGUAAAAAUCGUCUAAAAAAGAACAAGUGUAAGAAUUGUAAUGAAGAAAAUGUAGAAGAGGAAUCAAACGUUUCAGAUAAUGUAGAAGAAGAAACAGGUAAGAUAACGAAAAAGAAAAAGAAACGUAGUGUAGAUAAUAAGGCAGAUAAAAAAUGGAAAAAGAAAUUAUCUCAUUAUCGAAAUGAAAUAUCAAUGGAAGAUAAUGAGAAUGAGUAUGAGGAUAAUGAUGAAGAAAAUGAAAAAUUAGAGUUGUCAUCGGAAAACGAAAUCGAUUACGAAGAAAACAUGAAUGCUAAUAAAGAGAAUAAUUGUUACGAGAGGGAAGGGAAUCAAAACGAAGAAGACGUUGAUGAAGAAACAAAAGACGCUUAAAAUUUUGAUGGUAGAUUUUUGUGUUGUGAUUAGAGAAAAAUUGAAGAUAUAAAGAAAGAUUUCUCGAACAGUUUCAUUGUUAUCCAUUAGAAAUAGAUUCAAAUGUGCCUGAUUACACUCAAGGAAACGAUAAAUACUUAAUGAUAUUUAUAUUUAUUUUAAUCUAUUUACAUAAUGCGUUAUAUACCAAGUUCAAGCUUUAUAUCUACUUGAGUUGCUAUUUACAUCGUCGAAUUUCUAGUCUUAACACUUGUCCGGAAUAACUUCUUACCGCUCAUUUAUCUCAACUGGAUGUGCUGUAACAUAAAACAGGAAAAAGAUAAUAUUUAUUACAUUUAUAUUUUUUGUUUUUAUUAUUUAUGCAAAUACGAUGCCUGAUAAUAGAUAGAUUUUCAACGUCUUGUCGAUAAUUAUAAUUUAUAACGACAUCUGUGAGUAAGACUAUUUCUUUUUUUAUUGUUAACAUUGAGUAAUAUAUUCAAGCGACAAUAUCAUAAUCAUUAUUAUCGACCAAGUAUAAAGCAUUGUCUGUCUUCAGGUGUUAUAAAUUUUUAAAAUAAACAAUUAAUAAUUAACUGUAAUGAAAUUUUAAAUAUAGCUGAUUUCUA